CCACUGCAGUCCCGUGUCUCGCGGGCCUACACGAUGGAGGGACGUCGGUGCGUCUCCCGGCCGGUCUUCGGCCGGGCCCUGGUAGCCGCAGCCGGCCUGUUGAUGGUCGCUGUCACCGCAGCUGGCUCGCCAGCAUACCAAACAUCACUAAAGCCUACAGAAGCUCUGCCAUGUCGUCACGGGCUGGCGUUCAUCGACCAGUGCCAGAACCGGUGCACGUGCACAGUGGGCGGCCAGUACCAGUGCACCGAGAAGGGCUGUCUGAACGGUACUCCCGGCGAGCCGAUGGCCUGCGAGGUCGACGGAGAGAUCCGAGUCACCGCCGGCUGGCGACUGUUCUGCAAGCGCGGCAUCGUCCGCGCUGAGUCCACGGACUUGAAUUCCCAAUGUACUCCGGGGUCUUCCUGGCAAGAGGCCUGCAACACCUGUACCUGCGUAGCCACCGGGCAGAUAACGUGCACCAACGAAGACUGCCAGAGUGGAGACCAGGGUCCUUUCCACUGCCAGGGCAAGACCGACUGUCAGCACGGAAAACCGAUCCUGGGUGGCGGCGGUGGCGACGUUCCCGACAUCCCUGUCAAGCGGUACUGCGACGGCCCGUGCCCGGCCGACUGUGGGGAGGAGCUGGACGCGGCCGCUCAGUGCGUGCGCUGCCGCUGCCUCCCGGACCUCGAGUUCGGGGACGUGGUGGUGGCCGUGGACGAGCCGUGUCCCAGCGGCCUUCAGCAGGGACCCACGCUGUUCGCCACGAAAAUCUGCCGUGGACAAGGCUGCACGCCCGGCUCGGGUCCUUGGAACGCCCUCGGAGGCGGUUGCAGUCUGUGCAUCUGCACUCAGGACGGCGAGCCGGCCUGCACCCCGUGCCAGCGAGACCCAACACCACUUACCCUGACAUGCGACGGUGGUCUGCCGGAAUGUCCUCAAGAUUGUGGCACCAAGUACAACAAAAUCAAGGAUUGCUUCGACUGUCCAUGUGGCGUAGGAGAGCCGGGAGACACCCACGUUGCGUUCGAGGAGCCCUGUCCUCCCGGUACCGACUUCAGGGAGUCGGGCGCUUUCUUCAAGGCCUGUGGACCCAUCGACACGCUACCAAAGGGCGACACGAAGAUCUGCGACAGCCUCGAGUGUCCGGCCGACUGCGGCACGGUGCGCGUCUCCACCCAGGAGAACUGCGCCUACUGCCAGUGCGGCCCCGAGCUGGCUCCGGGGGACACGGUGGUGCCUAUUUACCAGCAGUGUCCCCCGGACACGCUGCCCGGUCCCACCCAGCUGACCACCAAGGUCUGCCGGGCCCCCACCAGGGAAGAAUGUGUACCAAAUACCACAUAUAACAUCAAGUGCGACAUUUGCAUCUGCCAAGAUAGUGGUGUCCCCACGUGCACUUUGCGGGACUGUACCCUUCCAGAGUACGGCGACGUGCAGGUGUGUGACAGCCAGCUGCGGGGCUGUCCGGCCGACUGCGGCACGGCCGGCUCCGACAGCUACUGCCAGUACUGUCAGUGCGGGCCGCGCCUAGAGGAGGGCGACAUCACUGUGGCCAUUGACGAGCCGUGUCCGCCCGGCUUCACCACCAAGGAGCACCAGUUCGCCACCAAAACCUGCUCACCAGCUGUUCCGGGCGGUGGCCGCGAGGGCCGCCAGUACUGUUCUGGUCCGUGUCCGGCCGACUGUGGCGAGGUGUUGGACGCCGCCUCCGGCUGCUACCGCUGCCAGUGCGGGCCGCAGCUGCAGUUCGGUGACGUCCAGGUGGCCAUCGACGCCCCCUGUCCGCCCGGACUGGCCGAGGGACCGAGCCAGUUCGCCACCAAAGUCUGCCUCGGACAGGGCUGCCAGCCGGGCUCGGAGUGGAGUGUGCAGCACGACGGCUGUAGCCGGUGUGUGUGCACAAACGAUGGAGAGCCGGCUUGCACGCCGUGCAAACGAGAGCCUUCUGCGUCCACACUGACAUGUGACGGAGGACUGCCGGAGUGCCCUCAAGACUGCGGAAGGACUUACAACGCCGGCAGGGACUGCUUCGAGUGCAAAUGCGGCGUGGGGGAGCCGGGAGACACCCACGUUGGGUUCGAGGAGCCCUGCCCUCCCGGUACCGACUUCAGGGAGUCGGGUGCCUUCUUCAAGGCCUGUGGACCCAUCGAUACACUGCCGAAGGGCGACGUGAAGGUGUGCGGCGGCAAGCCGUGUCCGGCCGACUGCGGUACGGUCCGCUUCUCCUCCCGCGAGAACUGCGUCUAUUGCCAGUGCGGCCUGGAACUGGCGCCCGGCGAGGAGGAGGUACCGGUAGAUGAACCCUGUCAGCCGGGACUGGUCGAGGGACCCCGUCACCUGGCCACCAAGGUGUGCAGAGCGCCCAACAGAGAAGGUGAGCAACUUCUGCACGGACGCCUGACUGCUGAUAAUGGAAGCAACGGAAGGUUGAACUGA